AUGUACAUUUGGCAUAUAUUUAUUUUUAUAACGUCAACUUUACUAAUUGUUAAUGCAUUACCUUACAAAUCACCUAAACCAUACACAAUCACGCUAAAGAAGAAACUAAUUUCUAAGGCACAUAUAUUACAUUAUGUUUCAAGACCAUCUACUACUACUGACAUAAAGCGAGCUGCUACCGAGCCUUUAAAAAAUGAAUUUCAUCAAGAUUAUGCGUAUUUUGGUGAAGUUACUCUCAGCGGACAAAAAUUCAAUGUAAUGAUUGAUACUGGAUUUGGUGAUUUUUUAAUUCCAUCUAUAAAUUGUACUUCUUCUGCAUGCAAAAAUAAAUCCAAAUAUAAUCCAGUAAAUGACAAAUCUUUUAAAACCAAAAAUAAAACUUUUGGUUAUGUUUAUUUCGGUGGAAAUGUAUAUGGAAUAAGAAGUACUGCCUCUUUGAAUAUUAAUGGAUAUACUCCAGGUUAUAGUUCAGGUCAAAAUUUCGGAUUAGUUAAUAUACUUCCCGAAAGUUUUAAAAAUGAUGAAUUUGAUGGUAUACUCGGGUUGGCCGCUUCUAAUGAAUUUGUAAAAUUUGAAUAUAAUGUUUAUGAAAAUAUUUUACUUAAUUAUGAAACUGAAAAUGCAAUAUUCUCGUUAAUGAUUGGAAGAGAAGCGGACGAAACGGAGAGUGAAUUAAUUAUUGGCGGAAUUGAUCAAAGCAAAUAUACUGGUGAACUUGUCACAACACAGAUGUCCGAUAAUAUUUAUUGGUCAAUUCAUCUCGACGGCUUCUCUAUCAAUGGUAAAUCAUUAGAAUUUCAAGGUCGUAUCGGAAAAAUUGUUUCAGGGAUAUCCCCAAUAAUUGUACCAUUCGACGAUGCCCACAAAAUUUAUCAGAAAAUCCCUAAUGCAAUUGAUAAUGAUGGAAGUUUCGUAAUGCCCUGUGAAAGUGAAUUUAAGGUUAAAAUAAAAAUCGGCAGUGUUGAUUGGGAUAUUGAUCCGAGAGAUUUGAUAGAUGUUCAACAAUUAAGAAAUCAAGAAACAUGUAGUGGAAUGAUAAUGGGUGGAAUUACAGCAUCAGAUAAUGAAUGGAUACUUGGUACCACUUUUCUAAAGAAUGUAUACAGCGUUUAUGAUUAUUAUGAUCAUGCAAUUAGAUUUGCUAAACUAAAUGAUUCUAAAUUUCAAUGA